CUAAAUUGUUUGUCAAAAAUAAUAGGCAUUUCAUCAAGCAUUUGCUGCUUUAAUUAUUUUUUUUACUGUUUACUAUUGAUCAUUAAAUAGGCAAAAUGUUAUUUUUGUUUGAAUAAUCACUGUAAUGUUUUGCAUUUUGAUAACUUUUCUGUAAGUCAUGAGUGCUUCAGGAAUUACCAAAUGCACCACACGGAAGUAAUUUUUAACAAUCAUUUCCUGAGUUUGCCCAGGUCAAAUAAUCAAUUUGCUGCUGUUGUAUUACAAUUGUAUUUAAAUAUCAGCCAUUUGCUAUUUGACUUCAUCUGUUCUCUGUUAUAUCCCAACCCACAAAAUCGAAUUUAAAAUGUAAUAUGAUCUGGUAUGGUAAUAUUAAUUGUUCGUUCUUUAUUGUUUAUCCAGCUUUGUGUAUUGCACAAUACAACUCCCCUGGGAGUUCACCAUUAUUAAUCUGUAUAGAUAGAAGUAUGUUAAUUACAUGAAAUGUAAACCCAAAGUGGAUUAUUUUUCCAUGCCUACAGAAAUAACAUGGACAGACCGCUGUCCAAACCUGCUCAGCCUGAAAGAACAAAAGGAAGUACAUUGUUGCCAGCAAAAUAUGGUGCAAAAUGGCUUGAACCAGCAAAAGUGAAUACAAGUAGGAAAAGUAAUGUUUCGACAGAACUAUCACAAUCGUUACCCAUAAAUAAUAAGGGUGAUGAUGUUCAUCGCAGGAUUGUCAGUGUUUAUUCAAAGCGAACUUGGCCUCCAAAGCCAAUAUAUAAAACUCAUAAAAGCAUUGAUGAAGGUCGAAACACAAAUGAAAGACUAUAUUUAAGUGGUGAUGAGGAUGUAUCAUUACAAGCAAACAGAAACGGAGAAACUGAAACGGCAAAGAGCAAUCCAAAUUCACAGUUUUAUGAACAUUUUCAGGAGCCAAGUCCUUAUCGACCUGUCAUUUCUGCAAGAAAAGCAAAACCGACACCAACUCCUAGACCCAAACCCUUGAUUCAUGAUUCAUCAUCUAUAGAAAGUUUAAAAAGUUCUGGAUAUUCUAGCUUUGAUAUUCCUCAACCUUAUGUGAAGCCAAAACCUUUUAACAAAAACAUAAGAGCUGAAAUAACACUUUCUAAUAUAAGACCUCAAAGCGAAAACAGUUUUUUUGACAUGGUGAAAGAACACGAUAUAAAGAAAAACAAUGAUCAACGUAGCCCUGCAUCGAAAUCAGUAGCUAAAGUUCUUGGUCAUGGAUUGGAUAGUACCAAUAUAGCACGACCACUGAAGCAAGCAAAUUCAGAUCAAAGUUUCAAGAGUAACAAAACGGAUGAAGUUCAAGAACAAUGUGCUGCUUUGAAGUGUUGGUCCCUAGAAAAAGAUAGACCAAGGCAGUCUUUUGCACAUCACGAUUGGCAAAGUAUGAUUUUUUCUUUCGCUGAAGUUUUGCUCGCCACAGAAACACUGAAAAGAAAAAAUGAAACAACUGGAGCAAGCAAGGCUGCUGCAAUGAGUGCUCGGAUGCACAGUAAUGAAAACACACCGGCAGGAAGUUUGGAAGAUUUACAGGAAUUAAAAUUAUCUGGAAGUACAGAGGAUAUAAGAACAAAUGAUGUGUUGGAAUGGUGCCCAUUCUUCUGCAAUGAGAUAGGAGGGGAGACAGAAGGUGAAAUGUUUUCAUCAGACAUUUCACAACUAUCUACAUGUUCACAAACACCUGCGGUUUCUGUGCAACUUUUACUACCAGAAAAUAGUUCACACUCGAUCACAAACAGUCCAACUACGGCUAGAAUGCUUCUCAUUAAUAACAAAGGUGUAUCAGUCAUGGAAAAAAUAGGGAUCGAUGAUGAUAAACAAUUGAACGCUGUUGGAUUUGUUCAGGAAUAUUUAGAUGGUGGUGCAUUAUAUUACAAGAAGCAUUUCUUUCAGCAAGAUCAUUUCAACUUUUUUGGUAUCGAUGAUAAAUAUGGUCCAGUUGCAAUCAGUAUCAAGCGGGAAAAACUAAGAGAAGCAAACGCUAACAUUAAAGAUAAUGCUUGGAAUUAUAGAGUUAUUGUUCGUGCAUCAGAACUUUGUACUUUACGGGGAUCCAUUCUUGAAGACGUUCUCAUAUCUCAACAUUACUCAACUACAAGAGCUUUAAAACCUCGUGAUGUUUUAGAAUAUGUCUGCCCUGAGAUUAAUUUUGAUUGUUUAAAAUCUGCAUCAUCUACUGAAGCUGUACAAAAACAACUAAUGAAAGUUGAUGAGCAGAAUGUUGCAAACAGUUAUAAAAUAGGUAUAAUGUAUUGUAAGAAAGGCCAAACAACAGAAGAAGAAAUGUAUAAUAACGAACAUGGAAGUCCCGGAUUCGAAGAAUUUCUGGAUUUACUCGGAGAUAAAGUUCAAUUAAAAGGAUUUGAUAAAUUCCGAGGAGGCCUUGAUGUCAAAACUAAUUCCACCGGGAAAGAAUCAUAUUUUACAACUUUUCAAGGAAUUGAGAUUAUGUUUCAUGUCACAACUCUUCUGCCUUAUACUACCAAUAAUGUACAACAGUUACUUCGCAAACGUCAUAUUGGAAAUGAUAUUGUAACAAUCGUUUUUCAAGAGCCUGAUUCCCCUCCAUUCAGUGCUCAAAAUAUUCGUUCUCAUUUUCAACAUUUAUUUGUAGUUAUUCGUGUCCAUCAACCUUGCUCCAGUAAAACAUCAUACAGAAUUGCAGUCACUCGAUCUCAAGAUAUUCCUGCAUUCGGACCCCUCAUUCCUAAGGAUGCACUGUUUCCUAAGUCGGAAACAUUUAGAGAAUUUUUAUUGACAAAGUUACUGAAUGGUGAAAGAGCUGCUAGGAGUGCAGGCAAAUUCAAGGCAAUGUCAAUGAACACAAGGCAAGAAUAUCUUCGGGAUCUUGCAUUGAAUCACACUUCACAAACUGGUUUGGAAGCAAGUCAAAAGUUCACCAGAUUUUCACUGACUGCUGCAUCGAGAAGAGUGAUUGAUAGAGAUAAAUCAAAAAACAAGUUAUUGCCUGAAGAAAGCUCAUUAGGAUCACUCGUUUGGCACGUUAUACUACAGGACUGCACCACUGAAGGUGUCCAAUGCAUGCUUGGUAUUAGUGAUUAUAUGUUUCUGCUCAUUCGAAAAUCAACAAAUCGAGUGAUAUUUAGUAUUCCAUGCCAAGCAAUCAUAGGAUGGGCGGAAUUUUCAAAUCAUACUCUUCAUGUAUAUUUUGGUCGUGGGGAAAGAAUCGCAAUUAGAGCUUCUUCUUGUUCAGCUUGUGAUUGGAAACGAGAAGUUAAAUUAAGGUUGCAAACAUUCAGUAUUGGUUGUGAAACAAAGACCAAGACAUUGAGAAGAAAUGCUCGUGGUCAACUCGGCUUCCAUAUCAAUUAUGAAGGAAUAGUAAUGGAUGUUGAAGCUAAUGGUUAUGCCAGUCAUGUUGGCGUCACACAAGGAAGCAGACUGGUCGAGAUUUGUAAAGUUUUAGUUGUCACAAUGACUCAUGAUGAAAUGUUAGAUUUGUUGCGAACAUCUGACGUCGUUACUGUAAUUAUGAUUUUACCACUUGAAGAUGGAACACCUAGAAGAUGUAGCAAAAGUUUGUAUCAUGUUUCUCCUGUAUUAAAAAUGAUUGAGAUUAGUUCGGAAGCAAGUUACGAAUCAUCUGGUGAUGACAAUGUUAUUCAUUCACGAAGUAGGAGCGAUCCUUCCACAACAUCAAGAACUGCCAGGCACAAUAAAUCAUUAGAAGAUAUUACCCAAGUUCUUGCCCAAAACCUGAGUUUGAAGCUGAAUGUACAAAGUGCAAGAGAUUGGAAUCAUGCUUCAUCUGCCUCCAACAGUGCUGCCUCUACACCUACUACCAAUCCACUUAAUUUUAAACAUAAAGCAAAACAAUCAUCAACUACAGAACAAAUUUUACCUCAUACUCGUUAUCGUCCUCGUUUUUACAAUCGUGGUGAAUAUGAAGAAGAUAAAACAAUGCCAAUUUCUUCCAAUUCUAAUCAUUUUACUACUAUUCCAUUGAAAAAGAGCAAAGAUAAAGGUUUAUUUGGAAGUGGUGGUAUGAAACAUAGCACAUCAACGGAAAGUGGUUUGAAUUUGAGUUCAUAUGAAUAUGAAAACUAUGAAAAGAAUAAUGAAUCAAGAACAUCAAGGCCACAAAAUUUUCAAGGGGCUUUCCAAUCUGCUUCAGCAUCCAAUACUCCUGCAACAACUCCCACAACGAAAGUUAAUAUUUUUCCAAAUCGAUUUUCAAUGAAACCUGCCAGUAUCGAUAAUAAUAAACAGCAUCUUCUGAGGCCGAAACCGUACAGACCACUACAAAGAGAUCCUAUUGUUUCAAGUAUUCCAACUCCUAAUAAUCAUAUUGCAACAGCAUCACAGAAGACAAGAGAGAGAUAUCCAGGCAGAACACAGAUGUUACAUAGUACAUCUACUGAAAGUGGACAGGAUUCAAAUACAAACAUGGCUGAUAUUGAUGGGAAGAAAUCAACAACAACACCCAGGAGGAAAAAGCACAGUUUUCCUGUUAAAUCAUCUAACAAUGAGAGUAAUUAUGAAUCGAAGCAAAUACAAGAUCAUUCAUCUGCUGCACGUCACCACAGAAGAUAUGUUGGUAGUCCCCAGAUUGCAAGAAGAAAACCAAAGUCCCAGAUCCACAAAAAAUUAACGAGAGCAAUGUCAGAUGAGAGUAUCUGCGGCAUUGUACAGAAUACGAGUUGGAGAAAUGAUGACAUGGAAAUGCGAAAUCAUGAUAGUGCUUUCAAUUCAACUGAACCAAACCUAGCUGACAGUUGGGAUCGUUCCACGUUCAGGCCUGUCAACAGUACCGAAGAUUGGCUACAACCUGCUGCUGAUUCUCCAUCGCAAGAUGAAGUUUAUCACUCGUGUGCUAGUGAUUAUUCUGAUGAUGGCCUUACUAUGGAGGCUACUGCUGAUCCGAGGUCUGCAGCAUCUAUAUCACCUAUUUUACCAGAUGCUGGAAGUUCAGAGGACAGUUAUGAACCAAUAUCUCGUAUAUCAACGGAAUCCGAUGCCGAUUUAAGAUUAAGGAAAAUUGAAGAUGCAUUGAAAUCAUUACAAAAUCAACUUGCCAGAGAACAAAGGUCAAAACGUCGAAUUUUAAAAGAAGUCGAAAGGUUGAGGAGAGAUAACGAGAGACUUCAGCAACAAACAUCGACGGAAUCACAUAACAGUAAAAGAGACAUGACAUAUACUUGAUUGAUUGUAUUUUUAUUUUCUUUUGUCUGCAGUAUUACACGUAGCAUCAUAGGAUGACACCCAUCUCGUUAUUCAAUUUUUAUAUAUUCACCUUCUCCAUGCUCAACAUGUUAUGUUUUUUUUCCUUUUUAAAGUUGUAACAAAGUUUCUUUUAAAUGUCAAGUGAAUUUAACAAGCCUUGUUCUUAUUUUCCUUUACUUAUAAAUAUUUUUCUGAAGUUUCAUUAUGUUACUUAAAAUUGAAAAUUCUAUACCAUUGAAAGCAAAAAUCAACGACAAAUCAAUAUUUUUUUCAAUUUUACUGAGCCCAUGCAUUCUCAAUAAAAUGUUGUCCAUUUUGCCUUUUUUAAAUACUUUGCUAGCUGAUCAGUUACCCCACAAAAUAAAGUUUAAAAAUUUAUUUUUAUUAUUCGUUAUUCUUUGAAACAUCCUUACAGAUUCCCUUCAAGGUGCUCUGUAUUUUUAGUUUCAAGAUAUAUGACAUGUCAAUAUACCAUUUGUAUUAUUUACAACAGCUCGUAUCUGUGUAUUUCAACGAUUAAGUAUCUGUAAUUUUAUCUUCUCAUUUUUUAUUAUUAUUAAUAUUAACAUAUUUACUACUCAUCUUCUCACUUGCAAAACGUUUUUCUACUUCUGUAUUUAUUUUGGCAUUUUACAAAAUUAAAAAUAUUGUAUGGGGA